GUGCGCAUGUCCAAAAUUUUGACACGACUCCCAAAAAGACGCAAUGAAUAUUCUUUCUAACAUUACAAAUAAUGUUCUCUAUAUUUGUAUGAAUUAAGACGAAUAGAAAUUUUAAAGUAUGUGGUCAUUUUUUUCUCGCGACCCCGCGAAAGACUUCCACUAUGAUAUAGGAGAGAAGAUACCAGGACUUGAAAAUAAGUCAAUUUGGUCUCUACAUCAUGGUCAAAAGAAGGGGACUGGUGAGCCUGUUACCAUUUUUGCAUUUGAUGUCAAAUCAAGCAGUGAAUCACAAGUGCAAGUGGCAAAGGGAGCGUUCAAAAGGAUCAAAACUUUGAGACAUCCCAAUAUAGUGUCAUUUUUGGAUGGUGUUGAGACUGAAAAAGUAAUCUACUUUGCCACAGAAGCUGUUGUACCCCUGGAAAGUUAUUUGAAUGAAAAUGAUGAAAAUCGAAAUUUGAUGGCAAUAUCAUGGGGUAUUCAUCAAGUUGCAAAAGGUUUAUCAUUCCUUAUCAAUGACUGUAAUUUGAUCCACAACAAUGUGUGUUUGUCCUCAGUGUUUGUCAACCAGGCAGGGGAGUGGAAGUUAGGGGGCGUCGACUAUAUGUACCCGGCUCAGGGUCAAGAUAGUGUGCCCCCGGUCAAAAUUCUUCCUCUUCUGGACAAGUAUGAUCCUCCGGAAAAGGUAGAGAAUCGAAGAGGUGUCCGGACAGAAAAAUGGUCAACAGAUAUGUGGGGAUUAGGAUGCUUGAUCUGGGAAGUGUUCAAUGGCUCUCUGUCACAAAUAAAUUCCUUAAAGUCAGUCGGAAAGAUCCCUAAAUCCUUAGUGCCAAAUUAUUGUGAACUUGUCGGAGCCAAUCCAAAGUCUCGUCCAAAUCCUGCAAAGUUCAUAGAAAACUGUAAAAGUGAUAAAGGAUUCAUGCAUAACUCCUUUGUUGAAACAAUGCUCUUUUUAGAAGAAAUUCAGAUUAAAGACCAAGCAGAGAAAACUAAGUUUUUCACAAAGUUGGCACCAUCCUUAGAUGAAUUUCCAAAAACGUUCUGUAAAAAUAAGAUUCUUCCCCAGUUGUUGAAUGCCUUUGAAUACGGAGAUGCUGGUUCUCAUAUCCUAGCUCCUAUGUUCAAGAUUGGAAAGUUUUUGGAUGCAGAAGAAUACCAGAACAGAAUUGUGCCAUGUGUGGUCAAGUUGUUUACCUCCCCUGACAGGGCCACAAGGGUCAAACUUCUACAGCAGAUUGACACAUUUAUAGAAUAUCUUCAACCAGCAACAGUAAAUGACAAGAUUUUUCCUCACAUCAUCCAUGGAUUUACGGACACAAAUCCUGUGGUUCGGGAAUCCACAAUAAAGGCCAUGGUCUUCAUGGCCCCCAAACUAAACUACAAAAACUUGAAUGAGGAGGUGAUGAAACAUUUCGCAAGACUUCAAGCCAAAGACGAUCAGGGUGGAAUAAGGACAAACACAACUGUAUGUCUGGGGAAGGUAGCCUGUCAUCUCAACCCUCAGGUAAGGCAGAAGAUGAUAUCCUCAGCUUUCCUGCGAGCGCUGAAGGACCCCUUCCCCCCGGCCAGACAGGCAGGGGUCUUGGGCAUGGCGGCCACCCAGAACUUCUUCACCCUGAAUGAAAUAGCUCAGCGGCUACUGCCAGCAAUGUGUUCGAUGACCAGGGACCCAGAGAAGGGGGUCAGGGAUCAGGCUUUCAGAGGAAUCAAGUGUUUUGUGGACAAACUGGAAAAGGUCUCAGAAAAUCCAGAUUUAGAAGCAGAAAUGGAGAGGGAUGUUUUAUCGGGCGGCUCUGCGGUGUCCAAUAGCGCUGCUAGUUGGGCUGGGUGGGCGGUGACAGGAGUAUCCUCCCUUACCUCCAAACUGUACAAAAAGGACGGCACCAGAAAAACACCAAACGGAUCUUCCAAGACAGCACAGAAUGUUGGUGAACUUCCCAGCAAGCCUGUUUCUGCUGCAUCACCCAGCAAUAAUCCAUCAGACACACAGCCAGAUAAACCUGAGGAGUCGGGCUGGGAGGAGGAAGGCUGGGGGGAUAUGGAGGAUGACCCUGAUGUAGAGGAGGAAGAUACCAGUGAGAGCCAGCCUCGGGCCACGGACGGCUGGGAUAAUGACGACGAAGACUGGGGCAGCCUGGAGGACACAGCUCCUCAGAGUGGUAGAGAGAAAUCGUCAGGAACUGCCUUGAAGCUCAGUGCCAAAACCCCGAAACCAGCGGAGGAGGACUGGGGCGGGGACUUUGGGAACGAGUUCGUGAGCACGGAGGACAGCGGGCUUCCGAUGGCCGGGGAGUACAACUGGGGAGGGGAGACUAAUCAGGGGGAUUUCUUCUCCUCGGCCAUGGGACUUCCUAAACAAAAAUCUCAGAAAUCCAUGCAAACAAAACCCAGGUCAGACUCGUCUGGUUCACGGUCUAGUCCAGCACCCUCUGGUGGCAUGUCCAGCCAAAAUACUGCAGCGAGCGGGGAGUCUGGGUGGGAUGUGGAAGACUCGGGGUGGGGAGCCGAUGAAUGGGGAACCGUAGGGUCCACAAACAAAACCACAGUCCAGGGCCGACCAGCCAAACAGAAGAGUACUAGUCCCCCCAAAGAGUCGGGUUGGGAUGACUCGGGGUGGGGUGAGGUGGAUGACUGGGGGUCAGGCUCAAACAAAAUAGACGAAGCAAGAAGAAGAAAGGAGGAAAGGGAAGAAAAGAGACAACAAAGACAGAAAGAAAUCGAGGAGAAACGGGCUGCCAGGAAAGGAGGAGGGGCCCUCAAACUGGGUGCCAAGAAAGCGGCCUUAGACUGAUUAUUACCUGUUAUGUGAAGCAUGCAUGUGAUAAAAGAUUUGAGUAUCCUAUAUCAUAUACAUGAAAUACAACAAAAAAUGUGUGUGAUUGUGCAAAAUCUUCAUAUGAAAUAACACAUGGCUAGAAUCAAUAUGUUUUCCAAUUACACUAAUAUGUACUUGUGUAGUUAAAGAAAAUAUCUUUACUAUACCUUUGCCAUGGUAUAAAUGAACUAGUAUAGUAAAGAAAUAUUGUUACAUGUAAACAUUUUUUUAAAAAAUUGUUUAAAGCUUUGUUUAAGUUUUGGCUAUAAAUUAAAUUUAAAAUACAUGAAUACAAAUUUGAAUUGGUUGGAGAUUUGUUUUAUGAAAGACUUUGCAUUAAAGGGGUUUUUUUUAAGUUGUUAAAAUUUGAAUUUUUAAUUGUAAAUUUAAAUUGAAUUUGAGCUUUUUUUAUGUGAUACAAUGCUCUUUAGUUAUAAAUUUGUGGCCUGCUUGUUUCAGUUUUUUUCAGUGGCCGAUUGUUAUAAGCUUUGAAGAAUAGGUUUACUUUAAACUCAGUUGAUCUGCUUGCUCUAUUGUCUAGUUACUGGUUUUUCCUUUGUAAGGAAACAUUGACAAAUACAUGUAUUUUCCAAAAUGACACCAUUUACAAUUUGUUUCAAUGGGAUGUGGUGCAAUAAUAUUUAAUUACCAAUUGUAUUACAAGAGAAAAGAUUUUUACAUGAUCUGUCUGAAAUUAUAAGUUUGACCUAUAACCUCAGUGAAUUGAUACUGUUGGAUACAUGUUUUCAACGGCCAUUUCCAGUAUUACAUGUAUAAACAAAAACUAGAAGAAAAACAUGUUUUCAAAACAAUUUAUUGCACUCUUGUUUCAUAAUAGAAACUAAAUAAAUCAUUUAAUACUGAAAGACAUGUUAUUUUUGUACUCAAACUAUUCUGAUAUGCUUGGUACCUACAUGCAAGAUGAGCACUAUAAUUUCAUGUGCUCAAAUGCCUAGCGAUAUUGUUACACAAAUACUUAGUUCAUUAAAUGAAUGCAAUGAUUGCAGAUAAUAGUACAACAUAAAAUUUGGCACAUUCAGGUGGAAUAACACACCUGAAAAAAAGUCAUUCAAAUUAACAGUACCGGUAAAUUAUUUGAUUAUGAAAGAUACAUGUAUAAUGAUAAAUUAAUUGUACAUAUGUCAAAUAAGGAAAAAAUUUGCAGUUUUGGGAUAUAAAAUGAAUAUCUAAAAAAUUCAAUUCAGUAAGUAACAACGAAAGCCUCUGCCGGAUUAGAACUUGGGAUGUAUGGAUCACAAAUCCGACACUUUAUCCACCCGGCUAUGGAGUAAGUUUAUGUUGCCGUCGAUAAAAUCCUUUUCAUAG